ACCGCGCGCGCGCCCGUUUCCUCUCCGCCGGAGACCAUCCCACACUCUCGCGACGGCUCGUCCGGCGAAGACUGCCAUGAGGACCAGGAGCGGCUCUCUCUAUCUCGGCGGUGGCCGCGAGCACGCUCUGGUUGCUGGGCAUAAAAGGAAGAGGUCUCCCGCCGCCGCCGCCGGCGAUUGCUGUGGUGGGCGAGUGAAGCGGCAGGCUGGGGGACCGGACUUCCUGGACGGGAUACCGGAUGACCUCGUGCUUACUAUCCUCUCGAAGGUCGCCGCCACCGCCUCCUCGCCGGCCGACCUCCUCUCUGUCCACCUAACUUGCAAGAGGCUCAACGGGCUUGGCCAGCAGGACAUGGUAUUUGCCAAGGCCUCGCCGGCGUCGCUGGCCGUGAAGGCGGCCGCGUGGUCGGAGCCCGUGCAGCGCUACCUCAAGCGCUGCGCCGACGCCGGCAACCUCGAGGCCUGCUACAUUUUGGGCAUGAUUCGGUUCUACUGCCUGGGCAGCCGGAGCGGCGGCGCGGCGCUGCUGGCGAAAGCAGCCGUCGGCGGCCACUCCGCCGCGCUGUACUCACUGGCGGUCAUCCAGUUCAACGGCAGCGGCGGCGCCAAGUCGGACCGCGACCUCCGCGCGGGGGCCGCCCUCUGCGCGCGCUCCGCCGCGCUGGGCCACGUGGACGCGCUCCGGGAGCUCGGGCACUGCCUCCAGGACGGCUACGGCGUGCGGCGCGACCCGGCCGAGGGCCGGCGCCUGCUCGUGGCCGCCAACGCGCGCGAGCUCUCCUUGGCGCUGGCCGCCGCGGCGGCCAGCGCGCCCCACUCCUUCGCGUCGGCCCUCCCGCUCGGCGCCGUGGCCGCGGGCGUGGGCGGCGCAGCGGGAUGCCCCCUGCUGUCGGACUUCGGGUGGAGCCUGCCCGAGGCGGAGCCCCACACGGCGAACCAGUUCAUGUCCGACUGGUGGGCGUCGCGCGGGGUCCAGGCGUGCGCAAAGAAGCAGCAAGCCGCUCCCGCGCCCGCCCCAGUGGGCGGCGCCGAGGCGAGCGGCGACGGCGACGGCGAGCUGCGGCUGUGCUCCCACAUGCGGUGCGGGCGCAAGGAGACGCGGCGGCACGAGUUCCGGCGCUGCUCCGUGUGCGGCGCCGCAAACUACUGCUCCCGCGCGUGCCAGGCGCUCGACUGGAAGCGCGCGCACAAGGCGCAGUGCGUGCCCAUGGACCGCUGGCUCCUCGCCGCCGCCGCCGGCGACAACAACGCCGCCGCCGCUCCCGCCCAGUGAACCCGACUCAACGGGCAGCACUUGCCGGAGUAGCACAACCGAUCCCGCCGGCGCGGUCCACGGCGCAAACCGGUGGACCAGGCGUAGCGGCGGAGGGGGAAAAGAGGAAGCAUUUCUGCGUUUUUUUGUGUACUGAAGCCCGUUCCAGUGUCGUCUUGUCAGACGUACGUACUCUACUAGGGAACCGCAGACGAGAGAUUCUACCGCGGCCACUUCUUCACUCGGUUCUCUCUCCCUAAAUUAAGAUGAAAAUUUCCGGCCA